AUGUCGUCGCCGCGGCACUCGCGCCAGCGGCGGCCGCCCUGGGGCGACGGCCAGACGGUGCUGCUGCGGUCCGCGGGCCUGGGCCUCGCGCUGAGCGUCUUCGCCGUCGCCGCGGUCAUGGUGCCGAGCGUCUGGGGCGACGCGGCGGCCUGGGCGCGGAGCAACGACGGCGACGCCUGCGAGCGCGUCGAGGACCGGGCGGACCGCUGCGGCUUCGUGCGCGGCGCCUGCGGCGGCCUCGCGCGCGGCGUCGACUACCUCGCGUUCGCGGCGCUCUCGCUCUGGCUCGUGCUCCUCCUCUCCCUCCUCGGCACGACGGCGGACGUCUUCUUCAUCGAGCAGCUGGACUUCAUGGCGAAGCGGCUGCGCCUGAGCGACGACGUCGCGGGCGCGACGUUGAUGGCGCUCGGCAACGGCGCGCCGGACGUCUUCACGGCGUGGAACGCGAUCCAGAACGCGGCGGAUUUCCCGCUGGUGCUGGCGGAGCUGCUGGGCGCGUCGAUCUUCAUCACGACGGUCGUGCUGGGCGUCGUGAUUCUCGCCGCGCACGGCCGCGCGCGCGCGCGGCGGCUCGAGCUACAGGCGGGCGGCGACGGCGACGAGGCGCCGUGCCAGGUCGACGCGCGGCCGUUCGCGCGGGACGUGUCCGUGCUCGGCCUGUCCAUCUUCGCCAUCUCCUGCUGCGCCCUGGACCGGUCCAUCGACGUCACGGAGUCGGCCGCGCUGCUGGGGUUGUACGCGUGCUACGUUUUAGCGAUCGUCUACGCGCAGCGCGGCGACAAGGACGCGGGCUCCGACGACGAGCGCGACCGCGUCGCGGCGGCGCCGCUGCUCGCGGCGGGCGACGCGCCGGGGGGGCUGCGGCUGCGGGGCGUGCACUGGGGCGAGUCGCCGUCCGCGUGGGACCGCGUCGUCCACGUCGCCGAGUGGCCCUUCUCCGCGGCGCGCCACGCGUCGAUCCCGCCGGCGACCUUCGACGACUGGUCCGAGGGCCGUCGGCGGCUCGCGGCCUGCGCCGUGGCCGGCGCCGUCGUCGUCGUCGUCCUCGACUUCGGGCUCGGCGGCGACGCGCGCGCGCUCGUCGCGGCCGGGCCCGACGGCCCGCCGCCUUUAGUCUUCGCGGCGGGCGCCGGCGGCGGCCUCGCGGCGCUGGCCUACGCGUGCACGGGCGGCGCGGCGCCCCACCGCCACGCGCAGACGGCGCUCGUCGCGCUCGGGUUUUUGGCGACCGUCGCGUGGCUCGAUUUGCUCGCGUCCGAGACCGUCGCGGUGCUCGAGUCGCUGGGCGCGGCCGCGGGGCUGUCGUCGGCGGUGCUCGGCGUCACGGCGCUGGCCUGGGGCAACUGCAUCGGCGACCUCGUCGCCGACGGCGCCGUCGCGCGCGCGGGCCACGCGCGCAUGGCCGUGGCCUCCGUGUUCAACAGCCCGCUCUUCUCGCAGAUCAACGCGCUCGGCGUGCCCGUGGCCUACUACUGCUACUUCCACGGGCCCCUGCGCAUCGCCCUCGACCCCCAGGCGGUCCUCUCCUUCGCCGUCGUCGCCGCGUCCAUCCUCGCGACCGCGCUCGUCGCGCGCGCGAACGACGGCGCGCUGCCGAGGCACCACGCGUUCACGCUCUUCGGCCUCUACGCGGCCUACGUCGCCGCCGCCGUCGCCGUCGAGCUCCACCGCGAGGCCGCCGAGGAGCCGCCGCCGCGCGAGCUCCUGCCCCACGAGGUCGCGCAGCAGAAGGCCGACGCGGCGCGGGCGACCCUGAAUCGCAACGUGGCGCACCGCGCGUCGCUGGGCAUGCUCGGCGCGGACAUCUUCAACGAGCAGAAGACCGUGGACGCGGAGCUCGAGGCCCAGAAUGCGAAGAAGCCCAAGAAGGCCAAGCAGGCGGGCGGGCCGACGCUCCGGGAGCGGCUCGGCCGGGGCGCCAAGUACGCGUACGCGGUCGUCUUCCCCUACCUCCACGAGCGGGCCAUGGCGCGCCAGCCGGCGACGGGCAAGACGCCGCUCAUGAUGGUCAUGUCGGCGCUGAAGAUGACGAAGCGCGACGCCGCGCGGUUCCUCCGGCUCUUCGAGAAGAUCGACUCGAACCACAGCGGCACCAUCGACAUCGAGGAGUUCUUCGACUACCUGCGCACGGACAUCAGCGGCUACACGCGCAAGGCCUUCGCCAUGAUGGAGAUCAAGACCGAGGAGAUGGGCCAGCACGGCGAGAUCGACGCGGCGAAGGCGCGCGCGCUCGCGAAGAAGGAGCGGCAGAAGGCGCGGCGCGUCAAGAAGCGCGGCGGCACCUACGUGAAGAACAUCGAGCUCCACUACGCCGAGUUCUUCGUCGCGCUCUUCAACUUCCUCACGCUGACGAACGAGCGCAUCGUCCGCUUCACGUUCGACCUCAUCGACGAGGACAAGAGCGGCUACCUCUCCAAGGACGAGGUCUUCGAGAUGGUGCGCCUCAUGGCGACGACGGAGGAGGAGGUCCAGGCCAAGGUGCAGAAGCUCAUGAACGUGCUCGACGCCAACGGCGACGGCCGGCGCGGGAAAAGCGCGCGACGCGACGGCGACGUCGAGUUCGAGGAGUUCUACCGCGUCCACUGCAAGCUGUCGUCGCUGAUGUUCCCGGCCUUCCGGCUGCGGCGCAUCCUGCGCAUCAAGUGCAUGGGCAACCGCUUCUGGCGCCGCUGCGAGAAGAACCGCGAGAAGAUCCAGAAGGCCACGGGCGCCGCGCCCGCGUCCCCGCGAGCGACGCGCCGCGCGGCCGCGCGAAGCCCCGCUGUAGGCAAGAGCCCCCUGGAGAUCUACAAGGACAUCAUCGAGUCGAACCAGAACGCGGCCUUCGAGCUCGCCGAGGCCGAGCGCCUCGCGGAGGAGGCGCGCCACGCGCACGACGCGUUCCUCGCGGACCAGGACGGCGACGUCGACCUGAGCGAGGACGACCUCCACGCGCUCGCGCGGCAGACCAAGAGCGCCAUGGACGGCCUCGAGGCGGACCAGCACGGCGAGGCGGACAAGGCCGCGCGCGAGCGCGAGCUCAAGAGGAAGCUCCGCGCGGCGACCAAAGGUGGCGCGGCGGCGAAGCGCAUCGCGCUCGCGGCGGGCGUGUCGCUCUACCGCGAGGGCUCGUGGUGGAGCGAGAACGACAAGUACCGCGCGAACCUCGACGCGCGCCUCUUCGCGAGCGACGCCAAGGUCUACGUGUCCCACGACACGGCCGACGCGCUCGACGACGUCGCGCUGAGCCGCGCGCGCGCCAAGAAGAUCGCGGACCUCCACCCGUCGCGGGAGCAGCUCCUCGUCGCGCUCGAGGCGAAGAAGCACCGCAAGGGCUUCCACCCGCGCGCGCCGCGCAAGUCCAUGUUCCAGAAGUUCCUCGGCGCGUCGACGCGCGGCUUCUUCGGCCGCAAGAAGAAGCCCAAGAAGCCGCCCGCGCCGCCCGCGCCGCCGGCGCCGCCGACGGGGCCCAAGGUCGUCGUCGUCGAGCCCGCGAAGCCGCCGGCCGCGACGCCGGCCGCGACGCCGGCCGCGACGCCGGCCGCGCCGCCGGCCGCGCCGCCGCCGGCCGCGGACGCGCCGCCGCUCUCGAAGAAGGAGGCGAAGAAGAAGGCCGCCGAGGACAAGAAGGCCGAGAAGGCGCGGGCGAAGGCGUCCAAGGCCAAGGCCAAGGCCGACGCCAAGCAGGCCAAGGCCGACGCCAAGGCGGCCAAGAAGGGCGGGGCCGCGGCCGCGGCCGCGCCGGAGGGCGAGGGCGACGCGCCGCCGCUCUCGAAGAAGGAGCUCAAAAAGCAGAAGGCGGAGGAGAAGAAGGCCGAGAAGGCGCGGGCGAAGGAGGAGAAGGCUCAGGCCAAGGCCGACGCCAAGCAGGCCAAGGCCGACGCCAAGGCGGCGAAAAAAGGCAAGGGCGCGGCCGCGGCCGCGCCGGAGGGCGAAGGCGACGCGCCGCCGCUCUCGAAGAAGGAGCUCAAGAAGCAGGCCGCCGAGGAGAAGAAGGCGGCGAAGCUCCAGGCCGCCGAGGCGAAGAAGGCGGAGAAGGCGCGCGUCAAGGAGGAGAAGGCCAAGGCCAAGGCCGAGAAGAAGGGCGGCGCGGACGCGGCCGCCAAGAAGGAGGCCAAGGCCCAGGCCGCGGCCGAGAAGAAGGCCGCCAAGGAAGCCGAAAAGGCCGCCAAGGCGCAGGCCGCGGCCGACAAAAAGAAGGCCAAGGCCGACGCCGCCGCGGAGAAGAAGGCGGCCAAGGCCAAGGGCCGACCGCCGACCCCCGAAGAUUCCCCGACGUAA